AGGCCACGGUGCCCGGAAGUGGGGCUGACGUGUCCCGGCAGCGCUCGGAAUUGUGGGCGACUUGGCUAAUGGCGUCGGCUAGUCUUAGGGGCCUGGGGAGCUGGCGCUGAAGCUUCUUGCCAGGUUGGCUGGUGACACCCGGCGUGGCCGGGCCCCGCGGCAGCGGAGGGACCUGCCCACCUUGUGGGCUCCUCCGCAAGAGUCGGCGGAGCCUAGCAGGGCGGGGCGACUGCGGGGGACGCCUCCGAGAGAAGCCGGAGGUGUUGCGGGGAGGCUGCUGGUGGACGCUCGAGCAGGCUCCGGGUUCGCAGCCCAGGGCCCAAAAAGCGGGCUGCUGAAGGACCAGAGACACCGGGAGGGAGCUGCCUGUGUCCCCAAGGAGCUGACAGUGCCAGAGCUUGUUUGUACCUCUCGGAAAUUGGCUGGGACCUUGGAGGAUCAUGUCGGGCACCAGCAGCCCCGAGGCGGUGAAGAAGCUGCUGGAGAAUAUGCAGAGCGACUUGCGCGCCUUGUCACUGGAGUGCAAGAAGAAAUUCCCACCUGUCAAAGAGGCUGCUGAAUCAGGAAUAAUAAAAGUUAAAACAAUUGCUGCACGAAACACUGAAAUUUUGGCAGCCCUGAAAGAGAACAGCUCAGAGGUUGUACAGCCUUUUUUAAUGGGUUGUGGAACCAAGGAACCGAAGAUCACUCAGCUAUGUUUGGCUGCUAUUCAGAGACUCAUGUCACAUGAAGUCGUGUCUGAGACUGCAGCUGGAAAUAUAAUUAACAUGCUUUGGCAGCUAAUGGAGAAUAGUCUUGAAGAACUUAAGCUACUUCAAACAGUUCUUGUUCUUUUAACAACCAAUACAGUAGUUCAUGAUGAGGCACUUUCUAAGGCAAUUGUUCUCUGUUUUCGACUACACUUCACAAAAGAUAAUAUUACAAAUAAUACAGCUGCUGCUACAGUGCGACAAGUUGUUACUGUUGUUUUUGAGAGGAUGGUUGCUGAGGAUGAGCGACACAGAGAUAUUAUAGAACAACCAGUACUGGUACAAGGAAAUAGUAACAGAAGAUCUGUCAGUACCCUCAAACCUUGUGCUAAAGAUGCAUAUAUGCUUUUCCAGGAUCUUUGUCAAUUGGUUAAUGCUGAUGCUCCUUAUUGGCUAGUGGGCAUGACAGAAAUGACUCGGACGUUUGGCCUCGAAUUACUUGAGUCAGUCCUCAAUGAUUUUCCACAGGUCUUUUUACAACACCAAGAAUUUAGUUUCCUCCUCAAAGAAAGGGUAUGUCCUCUUGUGAUAAAGCUCUUUUCUCCAAAUAUAAAGUUCAGACAAGGUUCCAGCACCUCAUCUUCUCCAGCACCAGUUGAAAAACCAUAUUUUCCUAUCUGCAUGCGUUUGCUGAGAGUAGUAUCUGUUCUGAUUAAGCAGUUUUACAGUCUUUUGGUAACUGAAUGUGAGAUAUUUCUGUCACUUCUGGUGAAAUUUCUGGAUGCAGAUAAACCACAGUGGCUACGAGCUGUUGCAGUGGAAUCAAUACACAGAUUCUGUGUGCAGCCUCAACUAUUAAGGUCAUUUUGUCAGUCCUAUGAUAUGAAACAGCAUUCUACCAAGGUUUUUCGUGAUAUUGUAAAUGCACUGGGAUCUUUUAUACAGUCCUUGUUUCUUGUCCCCCCUACUGGAAAUCCUGCAACAAGCAACCAAGCUGGAAACAAUAAUUUAGGUGGCUCAGUCUCAGCACCAGCUAACUCAGGAAUGGUGGGGAUUGGUGGAGGUGUUACUUUGCUACCAGCAUUUGAAUAUAGGGGAACCUGGAUACCUAUUCUGACAAUCACAGUUCAAGGCAGUGCUAAAGCCACCUACUUAGAAAUGUUGGACAAAGUUGAGCCUCCAACUAUACCUGAAGGUUACGCCAUGUCUGUGGCAUUCCAUUGUUUGCUAGACCUUGUUCGUGGAAUCACAAGUAUGAUUGAAGGAGAGUUAGGAGAGGUUGAAACAGAAUGUCAAACCACCACUGACGAAGGUUCUUCACCAACACAGUCGACAGAACAGCAGGAUUUACAGUCAACAUCAGACCAGAUGGAUAAGGAAAUUGUUAGUAGGGCUGUUUGGGAAGAAAUGGUGAAUGCCUGCUGGUAUGGUCUUCUUGCUGCACUCUCACUCCUUCUUGAUGCCAGCACAGAUGAAGCUGCCACUGAGAAUAUUUUAAAAGCUGAACUGACUAUGGCUGCUCUUUGUGGAAGACUGGGCCUUGUAACUUCAAGAGAUGCCUUUAUAACUGCAAUAUGCAAAGGUUCCCUGCCUCCCCAUUAUGCUCUUACUGUAUUGAAUACCACCACUGCAGCUACACUUUCCAACAAAUCAUAUUCUGUUCAGGGCCAAAGUGUUAUGAUGAUAAGUCCAUCUAGUGAAUCUCACCAACAAGUUGUGGCAGUGGGUCAACCUUUAGCAGUCCAGCCUCAAGGGACAGUAAUGCUGACUUCCAAAAAUAUCCAGUGUAUGAGGACUUUACUUAACUUGGCACAUUGCCAUGGGGCUGUUCUUGGAACAUCAUGGCAACUUGUCUUGGCAACACUUCAGCAUCUUGUAUGGAUUCUGGGAUUAAAGCCUAGUAGUGGCGGUGCCUUGAAACCUGGGAGAGCUGUAGAAGGACCCAGUACAGUUCUAACAACAGCUGUGAUGACAGAUUUACCAGUGAUUUCCAACAUACUUUCAAGAUUGUUUGAAAGCUCACAGUAUCUUGAUGAUGUAUCACUGCAUCAUUUAAUAAAUGCGCUUUGCUCCUUGUCUCUAGAAGCAAUGGAUAUGGCCUAUGGAAAUAAUAAGGAACCAUCUCUUUUUGCUGUUGCCAAAUUGUUAGAAACUGGUUUAGUUAAUAUGCACCGAAUAGAAAUUCUGUGGAGACCUCUGACUGGCCAUCUACUUGAGGUCUGCCAGCAUCCAAACUCUCGAAUGAGAGAAUGGGGAGCAGAAGCUUUAACUUCCCUUAUUAAAGCAGGAUUAACAUUUAACCAUGAUCCUCCACUCUCACAAAACCAGAGGCUGCAGUUGCUUUUAUUGAACCCAUUAAAGGAGAUGUCCAAUAUUAAUCAUCCAGAUAUUCGACUCAAGCAGUUAGAAUGUGUGUUGCAGAUUCUGCAGAGUCAGGGAGACAGUCUUGGGCCUGGAUGGCCAUUAGUGCUUGGAGUCAUGGGAGCAAUCAGAAAUGAUCAAGGAGAAUCCUUGAUACGAACUGCAUUCCAGUGUCUUCAGUUGGUUGUGACAGAUUUUCUACCAACAAUGCCUUGUACUUGCCUGCAAAUAGUUGUAGAUGUUGCAGGUAGCUUUGGCCUCCAUAACCAAGAACUCAAUAUUAGUUUAACUUCAAUAGGUUUAUUGUGGAAUAUUUCAGAUUAUUUUUUCCAAAGAGGGGAAACUAUUGAAAAAGAACUAAAUAAGGAAGAGGCAGCACAGCAAAAGCAGGCAGAAGAGAAAGGAGUUGUUUUAAAUCGGCCAUUCCACCCUGCACCGCCAUUUGAUUGCUUGUGGUUAUGUCUUUAUGCAAAAUUGGGUGAACUAUGUGUGGAUCCCCGUCCUGCUGUCAGGAAGAGUGCAGGGCAAACUCUGUUUUCUACAAUUGGUGCGCAUGGAACUUUAUUACAGCAUUCAACCUGGCACACUGUUAUCUGGAAGGUACUCUUUCAUCUACUGGACAGAGUUCGAGAGUCUUCUACCACUGCAGACAAAGAAAAGAUUGAGUCUGGAGGUGGCAAUAUUCUCAUUCAUCAUUCAAGGGACACAGCCGAGAAGCAAUGGGCUGAGACAUGGGUAUUAACAUUGGCUGGAGUAGCAAGGAUCUUCAACACUAGAAGAUAUUUGCUGCAGCCUUUAGGAGAUUUUUCAAGAGCUUGGGAUGUUCUUCUUGACCAUAUACAGUCAGCAGCACUUAGCAAAAACAAUGAAGUAUCUCUGGCUGCUCUGAAAAGCUUCCAGGAAAUUUUACAGAUCGUGUCCCCUGUCAGAGACUCGGAGAAGCCUGAGACACCACCUGUAGUUAAUGUACCUGUGCCUGUUCUUAUAGGGCCUAUAUCAGGCAUGAGCAGGCCAUUUAUAAGAACAGAUUCCAUUGGAGAAAGACUUGGAAGAUAUAGUAGCUCUGAGCCACCCCUUGUUACUGAUGAGCUUGAAGAUUUGAACCUAUGGUGGGCUGCGUGGAAUACCUGGUAUAGAAUUGGAUCUGAAAGUACUAAGCCUCCUAUUACUUUUGAUAAACUAACUUUUAUUCCUAGCCAACCUUUUCUUACAGCUUUAAUUCAGAUAUUUCCAGCUCUCUACCAACACAUAAAAACUGGUUUCAACAUGGAUGACUUGCAAAAGUUGGGAGUCAUAUUGCACAGUGCUAUUUCAGUCCCAAUAAGUUCAGAUGCAUCCCCUUUUAUUCUUCCAUCUUAUACCGAAGCAGUUUUGACAAGUUUACAGGAAGCUGUACUUACAGCUUUAGAUGUUCUCCAAAAGGCCAUUUGUGUAGGACCAGAAAACAUGCAGAUAAUGUAUCCAGCUAUAUUUGACCAGUUGUUGGCAUUUGUAGAAUUUUCCUGUAAACCUCCACAGUAUGGACAGCUAGAAACAAAGCACAUUGCAAAUGCAAAAUAUAAUCAGAUCCAACUAUUUGCACCGGCGGAAUGGGUAGCCUUGAAUUAUGUGCCGUUUGCUGAAAGGUCUUUAGAAGUAGUUGUGGAUUUAUAUCAAAAAACAGCGUGUCACAAAGCAGUGGUGAAUGAGAAAGUGCUCCAGAAUAUUAUUAAGACUCUUAGGGUUCCUCUCAGUUUGAAGUAUUCCUGCCCUUCUGAAAGCACAUGGAAACUAGCAGUAUCCUCUCUCCUCAGAGUUCUUUCUAUUGGGCUACCUGUUGCCCGGCAGCAUGCUUCUUCUGGAAAAUUUGACAGUAUGUGGCCAGAACUAGCCAAUACUUUUGAAGACUUUCUCUUUACUAAAAGUGAGUAAAACAUCUUUAAGUAUUGCUUUCCCUAGCAAGGUGUGGUGACACAUCUGUAAUCCCAGCUACUUUGAGAGGCUGAGGUGGGAGGAUUGCUGAAGCCCAGGAGUUCAAAUCCAGCCUGAGCAACACAGCAAGAUCCUGUCUAUAAAAAUAAAGUUUUUCUAUGUAAAAUAAUAAUAUUUUAUAUAAUUUUGUAUCAAUGCAGUUGUGGUAUAAUUUCAUUUAAAAUUUUAGCUCUAAAUUUGGAGGUUUUUGUUUGCUUGUUUUUGUUUUUCUUGAGAGUUUUUCUGCCAUCUUCCUCAUUCUUGAAUUUCUUAUUAAAUUAUUCUUCACUUUCUAGACUUUAUUUUUAUUUUAUUAAAUCCCGUUUUCUGAAGAGUUUUUUAGUAUGGAAAAGUGGACACUGGAACCAAAGGCCAAAUAAUAGUAUUUUACAUAAUUUUGUAUCAAUGCAGUUGUAGUAUAAUUUCAUUUAAAAUAUUUUGCCUGAUUAUGGCUCUACUUACCUUAAAGGUUUGAAUAUGUUUGGUGUGUUGGAAAAUACAUUACUUAAGAAGCAGCCAGCAUAGUGGAUAAGAGCAUUGGCUUGGCAACCACACUACCUGGAUUCAAAUCCCAGUAGUACUACUUUGUACUACUUUUUAGACAAGUUAUUAAACCUUUCAGUGACUCAUUUUUCCUUAUCUGUUAAAUGUCAAUAAUAAUGCUCCCUAACUUAUAGGGUUAUUGUGAGGAUUAAAUCACUUAAAAUGAGUGAAUGCUUAGAAUAGUACCUGGCAUGUAAGUACUUUAAAAUGCUUGUUUCCACUAUUAUUGUCAUUAAUGUUUUUUCUUUCUUUUAGAAAAGGUGACAUUAUCCAUAUUAAUUCCCAUGAAACAACUAUUAUUUUAAACCAAAAUUCUAAAGGCCAAAACUCUAAAUGACUGAGACUUGGAAAUUUAGCUCUAAAUUUGGAGGGUUUUGUUUGUUUGUUUUUGUUUUUCUUGAGACAGUGUCUCGCUCUGUCACCCAGGCUGGAGUGAAGUCGCAUGUUCAUGGCUCACUGCAGCCUUGAGCUCCUGGCCUCAAGUGAUUCUCCCACCUCAGCCUCCCUUGUAGCUCGGACUAUAGGCGUGCACCACCACACCCAGCUAAUUUUUGUAUUUUUUUGUAGAGAUGGGAUUUUGCCAUGUUGCCCAGGCUUGGAGUUAUUUUUAAUGGCUAAAAAAUAAUAAAGCUUCUAAAUUCGGCUCCCAAGUAACACAGAAUCAGUAUUCUAAGUUAUGGUUAUUCUAGUUACAGAUUUAAGCUUUCUACUCCAUGGAGUAGUUGAUGAACACCCUAGAUUGAGAGUCAGGAGACCUGUGACCCGGUCCUGACUUGCUGUCUACUUUCUAUUGAUCGUGAGCUGGUCCUUUCCCAUCACUAGGCAUUAUUUGCUUUAUUUGAAAGACAAAAAGAAGGCCAACCGGAGUAUGUAAUCCCAGCAUUUUGUGAGGCCAAGUUGGGAGGAUUGCUUGGGCCCAGGAGUUCAAGACCAGCCUGGGCAACAUAGUGAGACUCCGCCUCUACAAAAAAAUUUAAAAAUUAGCCAGAUGUGGUGGCAUGUGCCUGUAGUCCCAGCUACUUGGGAUGCUGAGGUGGGAUGAUCGCUUGAGCCCAGGAGGUUGAGAUUGCAGUGAGCUGUGACUAUGCCACUGCACUCCAGCCUGGACAACAGAGUGAGACCCUGUCUCAACAAAGAAAGAUGAAAAGUUAUUUGUUGGAGUAAUUGUAAAAGUCCAUGAAUGUUUAAUCAGUCUUUUUAACUUACAGCUUAUAUUGGAUAAAGCCAGUUUAGUUUUUGUUUCAUAGUUCAAAAAUACUUUAAGGCUCAAAUUGAAAGCUUUUAUUGGUCAGUUGAUACUAAAAGUGCAGUGUUAAGAGAACUUAAAAACCGUGCACAUUUUCACAGUUUCAUAACAGGUUUUCUCUUUGUUUUUGUUUUCUAAAUAAUUGAUAACUUUGGAGGUCAUAAACUUAGAUUUUAAACUUUACUUAAUGCCACGUAUGUACUGUGUUCUAUAGCUGAAGUUUAUCAGUAGUAUUUGAACAGUAGGAAGAUUGUUUUGGAAAGUUGCUUAGAAUAGCAAGAUUUAACGAAUUUAAAUAAGACUAAUACUUGAUUAUUUUUUAUACUGGUACCUUUAUAAAUCCUUUAACCUAAUUAAUACAUACUCUAAGACUUUAAGAAUAAACAUAUCUCUGUCUGUAAUAUUCCUCAACCUUUUUGAUCUGCAAGAUGCUUUGGCAAGGGAAUACAAUAACACAGAAAAUACAAAUAAAAUCAACUAGCAGAAAAGAAAGCCUUUGCAUGUCAUUGAGGGCUAUAAGUAAACAGUUUAAGAGAAAGAAAAAGACAACGUUGAAAAACGCAAGGACUGCAAUUUGGUAGACACUUGAAAUCUAUUUUCUAAUAGUUUCACUUUAGCCAACUUUGAGUACCAAAACAUGGUAUUUAUAAAGGAGACACAAUGGGUGAGUGCGAAGUUAUACAAUCUGUGGACCUUACAUUAAAAAUCACAAAGUACUGUGCAAAAGAAUUGAAAACACAUGUUCACACAAAAACUUGUACACUAAUGUUCAUAGCAGUGUUAUUCAUAGUAGCAAAAAAGUGAAAAUAACCCAAAUGUUUAUCAACUGACGUAUAGACAAAUUGAAUGUAAUAUAUUCAUACAGUGGAACAUUAUUCAGCCAUACAAAAGAAUGAAGUGCUAAUGCAUGCUCAAACAUGGAUGAACAUUUACAACAUAAUGCUAAGUGGAAGAAACCAGACACAAAAGGCUAUAUAUUGUAUGAUCUUGUUUAUGGGAUAUAUCCAGAGUAACAAAUCCAUAGAGACAGAGUAGAUUUAUGGUUCCCAGGAGUUGGGGGGAAGGGAGAUGAGGGAGAGUGACUGCUAAUGGGUACAGAUUUUUUCCGGGUGGGGGGCGGGUGACCAAAAUGUUCUGGAAUUAGAAAUGGUGAUGGUUGUACAACUUUAUGAAUAUACUAAGGAACACUAAAUUGUAUAUUUUAAAAGGGUGAGUUUUAUAAUAUGCAGAUUAUAUUGCAACAAAAAUUUUAAUAUGUCAUACAGAGAGAACUGACAAAAUACAAAUAACACUUUAUCAGUUUGAAGGCUCUUUUUUAUUUUAAAUAAAGAUUCAUGAAAGUAAAUUUUUAAAGAUUACUGUAGUUUUCAAAUUUAAGGGAUUUAAGAUCUUACAUGGCUUAUUUGUAACCUGCAGUAUUGACCAUUGACCCUUAUAAUUUAUAGGUAAAUUCUGUUAAUCAGCAUUUUUAAAAGCUCAGUCGAUGUUUUUGAUAUGUUUGCUAGUUAGAAAUUAAAUAACUAUUAGUUGUCCAGUUUUUAGUUUUGUAUGCUACUCUCUUCCCUCAUCAUAUGAUAUUUUAAAAAUCUAGUUCAGGGUUUCUGAUAUAUGAUCCAAAUAGUAUUAAUAUCAUUAAUGUGUUGAAAUAAACACACUAAUACACCUUAGCACACAGUAUACACACUGAAAGUAUUAAUAUU